CGCACAUCGCGAACAUGACGGACUGGCUCCGUUGCAUUUCACCUAGUCGAUCGGGUCAGCAUCAUCAGCCAAGCAUGUGUGAUCAUUCGACAUAUUAAUCUCGGAAGUCAUCCGAGUCAGGAACGUAGGGGGGGAAUGAACCCACCUUUCGCUUGCGACAAGCCUCACAGGAAAAGGCGCUUUUCCGGGGAAGGUUGGCCUUCAAUGGCACGUCGGCCAUGCCCGACUUAUUAGAUUCUACGACCAUGGAAUUGGACAAUCCAAGAUGGCCGUGGGGGACGGAACAAACGUCGCGACAGCCUCCAUGGAAGAGAAAAUUCACGAUCACGCGAGGGGAAGAAGAGGGGAGGGGGGGCGAGAGGAGAAGGGAAAGGGACAAGAGGGAGGGCGAGUGGGGUUGGAAGGGAACCAGAAAAGUGAGACGAUGGCCACCAGCUUAGGGGCGCACCUUAAUCCAGCAGAGGGACCAUUCCUUGGGUCGUGGGGGGGCGACGAUGAUCGGAUUCGGAGAGGUGAGGGGAAGCAUCCGGAGCUUCGUUCGGAGCCUGUCGGCGUCACCCACACUCUCCCAACUCACAUUGUUAUUCUGAUAAUUCUUGUCCGUGAGGGCGAUGCUCCGAUCCGAACACCCCAGAUAGAUGAUGCGCCAUCCUGUCAAAGCCCAGCCGGCCCCGAUGGGACGACAGGCGGGAGAGGCGGCGCCGGAACAGUUGGGAAAGAUUGGAACGCAACCCGGCAUGACGAUAUCUCGGGCGAGUGAGACCCUGCUGGGCCAAUCAGCGACCCGAUGCCGGAGGGGCUGACCCUUUGCCGCCGCAGAAUUCAGGCAGCAUGGGCUGGCCGGGUACUGGAUGGAUCAGGCAAUCAAUUAAGCUUAAUCCGCCCCCGAUCACGUGG